CACGUUGUUUUGUAGUCAGUUAGUUAACCUCAACCAUUGACUUUUGUUUUUUGACUUAGUUUUUGAAAAUGGGGAAACUUAAUGUGUCUAUGUUACGAUAUCUUACCAAAGAAGAUUUUAGGGUUCUUACAGCCAUUGAAAUGGGAAUGAAAAAUCAUGAACUAGUUCCUGGAUCCCUUGUUGCUUCUAUAGCAAAUCUCCGUCAUGGUGGUGUCCACAAGCUUCUGAAGGAACUUUGCAAACAUAGACUGGUCAGCUAUGAAAGAGGAAAACAUUAUGAUGGCUACAGGCUGACAAAUUCCGGAUAUGACUAUUUGGCUCUGAAAACUCUGACAUCUCGAGGAAUUGUUGCUUCCUUUGGAAACCAGAUAGGAGUCGGAAAAGAGUCAAAUAUUUAUGUGGUUGCAGAUGAAGAGGGUGAAGCCCUUUGUUUAAAGCUACACAGGCUCGGUAGAACAUGUUUCCGCAACAUCAAAGAGAAGCGGGACUAUCAUGCUCACAGAAAUAAGGCAGGGUGGCUUUAUCUGUCCAGAAUAUCAGCAGCUAAAGAGUUUGCUUAUAUGAAGGCUCUACACAAUCGGGACUUUCCUGUUCCUCGACCCAUUGACUGUAACAGACACUGUGUCAUCAUGGAUUUGAUACACGGGGAACCUCUGUCCAGAGUGAGUGAAGUACCAAAUGUUGAAUCCCUCUACGAUGAUUUGAUGGAUUUAAUUGUCAGAUUGGGCAAUUAUGGUGUGAUUCAUGGUGACUUUAAUGAAUUCAACAUUAUGAUUACCGAUGAAGGCAAGCCUGUUAUCAUCGAUUUCCCUCAAAUGGUAUCCACAUGUCACACAAAUGCAAAAGUGUUCUUUGAAAGAGAUGUAAACUGCAUCCGAGAUUUUUUCAAAAGGAGAUUCUCAUAUGAAAGUUCCUUGUAUCCAACUUUCAAAGACAUUUCGAGGGAAGACAUUUUGGAUGCAGAAGUUAGCGCUAGUGGAUUCACAAGACAAAUGGAAAAAGAUCUAUUGGCAGAAAUAGGUUGGAAUGAAGAUAAUGAAGAAGGAACCGCAGAAACUGUUUCAGACAAGGUAGAAAAAGAAGAAGAUAUUGAGAGUCUGAGAGCUGAACUAGAACAGAGUAUGUUAGAAGAUGAGAAAAAAUAUCAUAAAAGUAAAAUAACAACAGAAAAAGAAGAAAGCGUGGAUCAGGAACCUAGUACAAACAAAGCACCAUCAAUUAUUCCGAUUCCGGUUUUGGCUGACUGCAGUUCUGAAGAGAACUUUAGUGAUGCUGACACAGAUGUCCAAAGCGUUCGAAGUGUAUCAACAACAUCCACCAUUCCUCCAGAAAUCAUUCAGGAAAGAGUAAAAAAGGCGUUAGCAAAAAGAAAUCGAAUGGCUUUAAGACAAAGAUGUUUGGCCAAAGGAGAAGCGAGUGCUGUCACAAGAAAUAGGAGGGAGAACCGACACACAAUCAAGGACAGUGCAGGGAUUUGGGGAUUGGAUUAGGUUGUUAACUUUAAGAAAUAUAAGAAAUGUUGUGUUUGUUAAA